AUGCAUGGUCCUCAUCCACGUCAUUGAAUUGACAAUUAAAUUUGUUACCAUCAGAAUUAUUCACGUGAAAAAUUAAAAAAAUUAGGUUUUUAUUUUUAUUUUUCAUUAAUUUAUGAUAAAAAGUUAUUUUUAAGAUAAUAAGUAAUUGAAAAUAAAAAAUGGAUUGGAUUUUAAGAACUCUAAUUUUAGGAUAUAUUGUUACAUUGUCAAGUAAUGUUGAAGGACAAAGAGUUGCACCAGGUGUUCCACCGCAACAUUAUCAACAACAAGUUCCACAACAACAAAUGCACCAACAGCAAGUUCAUCAACAACAGUUUCAACAAGUACCCCAUCAACAACCACCCCUUCAACAACAACAACAACAACAACAACAACAGUAUCAACAACCACCUCCACAACAACAACAACAACAACAACAACAACAAUACCAACAACCACCUCCACAGCAUCAGCAGCAGCAGCAGCAGCAACAACAUCAACAACAGCAACAAUUCCAGCAAGCUCCACCUCAACAACAUCAGCCCCAUAAUCAUGGACAUACAGAUCCACAACAAAUACUCAACGCUGCUAAUAUAGCUCAUGAAAAAGAACACAUAGCAGAGCAUUUGGAUGUCCCUAUGGACACGAGUAAAAUGACAGAACAAGAAUUACAAUUUCAUUAUUUUAAGAUGCAUGAUGCUGAUAAUAACAAUAAAUUAGAUGGAUGUGAAUUGAUUAAAUCAUUGAUUCAUUGGCAUGAAGAAACAAAAGAUCCAAAAUCGCCAAAUGGGGAAGGAAAAAUAUUCCAAGACAAAGAAUUAGUUGAUUUAAUAGACCCGAUUUUGAAUAUGGAUGAUGCAAAUAAAGAUGGAUAUAUAGACUAUCCGGAAUUUGUCCAAGCACAGCAAAAGUCAGCUCCGAGUAGAGAAAAUCAUAAAUAAAAAAUUUUUGUACUAAAAAAAUUUUUUUGCACUUUAAUAAUAAAGAUUAAAAUUUGUAA